GCGUAAAGCGGUUUUGGGUUUUCUUUAACGGCGUUUUUGGUAGCUUUGAACCAACCUCAACUCCAUCAAAUCAAACACACAGGAGAGAGAGAGAGAAAAAUAACAAAUAAGAGAGCUAAAACGAAGGAACCUGGUUUUUGGGUUUUUUUUUUCACCUGUUUUUCUCUCACUUAAAUUGCAAACUUUUUUUUUGUGGGUGUAAGAAGAAGAAGAAGGAAGAAAAGAAGUGGGUUUUGUGAUUAAACUUUUGGGUAAAUUUUUGUUUCAGUUACAAACGUUUCGAAACGGGAAAAGUUUUGAGCUUUAAUUGCAGAUAAUUAUAGUGCUGAUAAUGUUAUGAGUAUUAAUUGAUUCAGAAAUUUUCUGGGAAAAUUCAGUGCUUCAAUUUUUUUUUUUUACCCUUUUGACUCAUUUUAAGAUUUCAAGAUAUGGCAAAUGGUAUGGCAUUUGGACAGCCUAAUAUGUCCUCUGGAGUUAGAGAUUCAGGUGGAGUUGAUGUUCUGUACCCAGAACUAUGGAGGGCGUGUGCUGGUCCACUGGUAGAAAUUCCACGUUUAAGAGAGAAAGUCUAUUAUUUUCCUCAAGGUCAUAUGGAGCAAUUGGAAGCUUCAACAAAUGAGGAAUUAAAUCAGAGAAUACACAUGUUUAAUCUUCCUUCUAAGAUCUUAUGUCGUGUGUUGAACAUUGACUUACUGGCUGAAAAAGAAACAGAUGAGGUCUAUGCACAAAUCACUUUAAUGCCUGAAGCAGAUCAAACUGAACCACUAAAGCCUGAGUCUUGUGAACCUGAGCCACCAAGGCCGGCGAUUCGGUCUUUUUCUAAGGUCUUGACUGCCUCUGAUACCAGCACUCAUGGCGGAUUCUCGGUUCUUCGCAAACACGCGAAUGAAUGCCUUCCUCCUUUGGACAUGACCCAACAAACCCCAACUCAAGAGUUGGCUGCUGAAGAUCUUCAUCGAUAUGUGUGGCGCUUUAAGCAUAUCUUCAGAGGCCAACCUCGGAGGCAUCUGCUGACAACUGGAUGGAGUCAUUUUGUGACUUCUAAGAGAUUAGUUGCUGGUGAUUCUUUUGUUUUCCUCAGAGGAGAAAACGGUGAAUUACGAGUUGGAGUUCGGCGUGUAGCUCGUCAACAAAGCAGCAUGCCUUCUUCUGUGAUCUCUAGUCAGAGCAUGCACCUCGGAGUACUUGCCACUGCAUCCCAUGCUGUCACUACUCAUACAUAUUUUGUGGUCUAUUAUAAGCCAAGGAUGAGCCAGUUCAUCAUAGGAUUGAAUAAAUACCUGGAGUCAGUGGACAGUGGUUAUAAAGUGGGAAUGAGGUUUAAAAUGAGAUUUGAAGGGGACGACACUCCAGAGAGAAGGUUUACGGGUACAAUUGUUGGUGUUGAUGAUCUCUCUCCCCAGUGGAAGGAUUCUAGAUGGCGGUCAUUAAAGGUUCAAUGGGAUGAGCCCACAUCAAUUGCAAGACCAGAUAGAGUUUCUCCUUGGGAGAUCGAACCUUUUGGGUCUUCUGCUCCUUUGGAUGUCACGGAUACUGUUGUUAAGAACAAAAAGCCUCGCCCUUCCAUUGAAAUUCCUAAUCAUGCAUUCAAAUCAGUUAAUGAUUCAACACCGUGGAAUUCUUCUAAUGACGUUGUUCAGGGUGAAGUUGAGGAUUGUAAAAGUGCAACUGCGUGGUCGGUCUUCCCUGGAUAUACAACCCCAACGCCCACAAAACAAAGCAAUGACCUUGCUGAAAAUGGGAAAAAGACCGAGACCCUCCCAAGUUAUCGGUUGUUUGGUAUAGACCUAAUGAAACCUUCCACACCAACUACACAAGAGGAUGAAUAUGUGCAAGAACCGAUUGGGACUGGGGACUCUACAGAGGAACUUGGGCGCAGCUCCGACUCUGGCGCUGCCGAUUCCGAGCAGAAAUCAGAUCUUUCAAAGUCUUCUCAAGAAAAGAGACAAAUACUACAGUUGUCAUCACCCAGAGAUUUACAGAGUAAGCAGGGUUCCUCUACCAGAAGUCGGACCAAGGUGCAAAUGCAAGGUGUUGCUGUUGGCCGAGCUGUUGAUUUAACCAUAUUGGAAAGCUACGAUCAGCUUAUUGAUGAAUUAGAGGAACUAUUCGACUUAAAAGGAGAACUACGGCCCAGAGAUAAAUGGGAAAUUGUAUUCACAGACAAUGAAGGAGAUAUGAUGCUUGUCGGUGAUGAUCCAUGGACUGAAUUCAGUAGUAUGGCGAAGAAAAUCGUGAUAUGUUCAAGCCAAGAAGUAAAGAAAAUGAGUGCAGGAAGCAAAAUGGCUGCAUCUUCAUUAGAAGGUGAUGGAACUGUUGUGAGCAUGGAAUCCUCUGGGAAUUGAAGGCCUUGAUCAAGAUUCGUCGUCUUUCGUCUUUCGGGUGGUCUUUUUUAUAUCUAUUUUUUUCCUUCCUAUUUUUAAUUUAUUUUGAUAAAAAGAGGAGAACUGUUUGAAAAUUUGUUAGUGCUAAUGUUGUGAGGUUAGGAGAAAAAGGAAUCAUUUCCUUUUUGUUGGCUGCUCACUUUUUAGGGGCUUUUAUUUAUAACUUGGUAGGCUAAGGCUAGUUCCAAAAGGCCAACACUACUAAAGUUGGUUUAAUCAAGUGUUAAAAUGAAUUUUCAGGUCAUCAAGGUGGAUUAGUGGAGGAAGGAGAUGCUUAGGACUUUUAGAAUAAUGAUGUGAAUAUAUAAAAUGCUGGGCCAUUUUUAGUGGCCCUUUUGUCUC